AUGAUCAAUUCCGUUGUGGAUAUAGUUCUUGCCUCCGCUAUUUAUCGUGUCAUUUCCUGCGCUAAGGAUCAAAGUGCGCAGCCACUAGAAGCGAACAAGACCUCUGUCAAAGGAAAUGGUGACGCAGGAUCUCGUCUGACCGAAUUAGUAGACCUCUUUUCUUCCUCGUGGAUUAUUCGCCGGGAUACCCGUGAGAGACAUCGGGGAGAAAUAAUAGUGGAGGAGGUGAAUCAUUGGAUACCGGAACACACUCUCCAGAAGCGUAGGGCAUACCUAGGCCCAGAGCUGGAUGAAAGCUUCCAGCGUAUCUGGCCGGGAGAAGAUGGUUUGCAGGAGAAGAAGGAUAAACGCAGCAUGAUGAAUAAAAUGGCCACCGGGAAGUGA